AUGGCUUCCAAUAUUCUAGAGCUCCCGUUCCGCCGCUCGCACACCGUCUCGCUGUCGGAUGCCAUCACCCAAUACAUCUCGUCCAAAUAUGAUCAGCGCCCCGAUAUGUUCGCCGACGAUCUGAUGAUUAUCGAUCGUCUCCGUUCAGAAGCUGUGAAUGUCCAGGAACCCCACGUCAGCGGUAUCAGCAGGCUGGUCACCUAUGCCGCCCAGCUCAAGUGGCUCGGUGGGAAGUUUCCGAUUGAUAUCGGAGUCGACUUCUCUUGGUAUCCUGCGUUAGGAUUUAAUGCCUCGCGACCUGUGUCCCAGAAUAACCUACGUUUCGAACUCGCAAAUAUCCUCUUCAACCUAGCCGCCCUCUACUCCCAACUCGCAUACGCGCUCAACAGGACAAAUGCAGAUGGCCUUAAGCAGGCCUGCAACUACUCCUGCCAGGCCGCGGGCGUCCUUCACCACCUUCGAACCGACAUAAUUCCCGACCUCCGCUCCUCCCCACCAGAAGACAUGGACGAAAUGACCCUGUUAAGUCUCGAAGAGCUCCUACUAGCCCAGGGCCAGGAAUGCUUCUGGCAAAAGGCUGUCAAGGAUGGAUUGAAGGACGCAUCGAUUGCACGACUCGCGGCGAAGGUAUCGGAUUUCUACGGCGACGCCGGCGACUCGGCCGUCAAGUCUAAUGCGAUUAGCACGGAGUGGAUUCACCACAUGACAGCGAAGAAUCACCACUUCGCGGCCGCGGCGCAGUACAGGCAGUCGCUGGAUUGCAUGGAGAAGCGCAAGUAUGGCGAGGAAGUGGCUCGGUUGCGGGAUAGUUUGAAUUGCGUCAAUGAGGGGCUUAAGGAGUCUCGAUGGAUCAAUCGCACCGUGCUUGGUGAUUUGAAUGGGUUGAAGGGCCGGGUUGCGGAUGAUCUCAAGCGCGCUGAGAAGGAUAAUGAUGUCAUUUAUCUAAGUCCCGUGCCGCCUAAGUCUGAGUUGAAACCGCUUGAUAGGGCUAGCAUGGUUGCUGCGAAGGCUCCCUCGCAGGUUACGGAUGCUAUUUCUAUGCUCGGUGAUAAUGGGCCUCUGGGCCAGCCUUUGUUUGCGAAACUGGUUCCUUAUGCGGUGCAUAUUGCUGCGAGCAUUUAUUCGGAUCGGAGGGAUCGAUUGGUGAAUGAGUCGCUUAUUGGUGAGCUCGAGUCUAUGACAGAUAAGUUGCGAGAUCUCUUGUCUUCUUUGAAUCUGCCAGGAUCUCUACAGGCGCUCGAGAAGCCUCUGGGCCUUCCACCGACAUUGGUCUCCCAUGCCGAGGAGAUGCGUCAGCAAGAUGGGUUGAACCGUCUUCGCCGUUCUGUCCAGGAUACAGCGAAAGUCAAGAGCAAUGACCAUGCCAUCUACAACGAGGGAGUCGAGUUGUUGGCGGCGGAGAAAGCAGAAGAUGAUGCUGCUCGUCAGAAGUAUGGCACGGACCGGUGGUCGCGCGAGAAGUCUGAAGCGGCCGGGCCUAAAAUCUACAACAGCCAAACUGAGAUCAGCGGCUAUUUCACAUCGGCGCAGAGCAGUGAUGAUCUUGUGGACCGAAAAUUGCGAGAUUCCGAGUCCGUGUUCCUUGUUCUGACGGGCUCGAACCGGGAUCUCGAAUCGUAUGUCCCCAGCAGUCGUAGAGCUGCUAUCCCACCAGAGGUAGAGCGUGAGACAGUUAAGCUGCGUGGUUGUCUCAGUGAGGUAAGUCGGUUGGAGAACCGUCGGAAACGACGAAUUCAGGGAUGGAAGGACAAGUGUCGUGCAGAUGAUAUCCAGCCGGCUCUCCUGAGGGAGACAGCCCGACUCGAACGGGAGUUCCCCAUGCAGACCAUUCAGGCGAGCCAAUUUGAGGAUCUCUUCGAAGAGCAAUUGCGUCUGUAUGAUUCGGACCGGGAUAUGCUCGACCAGGAACGGAAGGAUCAGGAUCAGAUUGCUGAUCAGGUUCGCGAGGCGAACAAAGCGUUCACGCGGGCACACACAGGCGAUGCAUCAACUAAAGAGCGGGAGACGGCGUUGCAGGACCUGGAGAAUGGAUACCUGAAGUACAAGGAGAUUCUGUCGAACCUGGACGUCGGGCGCAAAUUCUACAAUGAUCUUGCUAAGAUCGUGGGCCGAUUUCGCGACGAUGCGAAGGCCUUUGUGCAUCAGCGACGAAUGGAGGCCAGUCAGUUAGAAGCGUAUGUCCCUCGCGUCGAUCAUCCAUCGAUCAUAAUCUUACUGACGUAUUGCGUUCCAGGGAUAUCUCGAAUGUCACAGCGAUGUCUUCAUUGCAUAUCUCGCAGCCGCACCUGCGCCAGCCAGCCCACCAGCCAGCUCGCCAGGUUCACUCCCCAACCUACUCUGCGGCGCCCUCGCAGCCCCCCCUCGCAGCCACCUCCGCCUAUUCAUGCCCACCGAACUUCUGAGGCAGUAGCCCCUCUGACGGCACCGCAGCCGAUGCGGGCCGCGGUUCCCCCGGCCGUACAAUCCCCAGGUAGCAUGUGGUCACCAGAGAUGGGUAUUCGCUUCAACUCUGCUGCCGCUGUGCCCCCUGGCGGCAAUGCAGGACAGAGCGGUGCGGCAUCAAACCCGCAAGCCCGUGGACCAAACAAGACGUGGGACCCAAGUCAGGGAGUGCGAUUUUCCUAG